UGCCAUGGAAAACAAUGGUCCAAUUCACACACCCAUUAAGAACACCUUGGCCGAUGGUUUGGCAGUGCCCAAGGUGGGUUAUAAUGCUUUUGUCACAGCUCUGCCAUUGAUCGAUAAAAUGGUUGUGGUCAAAGAGGAAUGGAUUGCUUUGGCCAUUCUUCGUUUGGUCGAGGAAGAGAAAUGUGUUGUGGAAGGUGCUGGUGCUUCGGGUUUGGCUGCCAUUUUGGCUGGCCAUCUACCAGAAUUGAAGGGAAAGAAGGUCGUUAUCCUGCUGUGCGGUGGUAAUAUCGACACCACAGUUUUUGGUCGUUGUUUGGAGCGUGGAUUGGCCGCCGAAGGCCGUUUGGUUAAAUUCAAUGUGGAAGUAUCUGAUCGUCCCGGUGGCAUUCAUGAGCUGUGUGAAAUUCUCUCGGAUCUUGGUGUAUCCAUUAAGGAUAUUAUGCAUGAACGUGCCUGGCUGAAGGAUAUCUACACUGUGGAGGUGAAAGUAAUUUGUGAGACGAGAGAUUGGGCCCACAGUACAGAAUUGAAAGAAGAACUGAAGCGACAUUAUACCAAAGUACAAUUCUCCGAGGAGCCGUUGGCCAUACACGAACAGAUGAUUAACCAAGGCAAGAAGUAG